AUGGAUGACAAAUCGCGGGAGUUACGCGGCCAACGACUGGUUUCUGGUCACCCCGUCAAUACCCCUCGCGUGCCGAACGCCAAAUCUCAAGUCACUGCGGCACUGCGGAUGACGUCACUAUCGAGUUCCACGGUCUCUGUUUCACGCAAACCACGUCGGACACCAACGGCAGAGGAACUUACGGCGGAGGAUGAACCGGCACCUGCUGAGGAUUUUCCGAAUGACGCCGUUGUGUCACAGACGGCUUUGGGAGAAAAUCCCAACAAGCGAGAAGUGUUAUACCGUAGUGGUAAGCGGGAGAUUCACUAUGCGAAUGGUACACGGAAGUUGAUCCUUCCCUCUGGUCAUGUGGUUCUCUACUUCACAAACGGGGACGUUAAGCGUACGUUUCCGUCGGGGAAGAGCACUUAUUGGUACGCCGCCGCACAAACGACGCACACACAACAUGCUGACGGUGUGCAGGUAUUUCAGUUUCAUUCCUCUGGCCAGAUUGAACGACAUUUGCCAGAUGGUAAGAAGGAGAUUCUUUAUCCUGACGGUAUCUAUAAAGUUGUUUUUCCUGACGGACGUGAUGAGACGAUAUUUCCCGACGAAAUGUGA